GGAGGAGAGCCGGGAAUCUCUUUUCUACUGAGCUCUCCCGGAGGAGAAGGAACCUCUCUUGCUCGAGACAUUGUCCCUGAUCCCUGGUGACACAACUGGGCUUAAUAACUACACUCGGCUAAGCAAAGGACUGCUACAUUCUUUUUCUUGUCAUGUUUCUAAGUUUGAUUUGAGUUGCUGUGAUAUUUUGGUAGUGAAGUUAUUGGAAAAGCUAAUGUUAGUUCUGCUGUGCUGAAGAAUCAGACUCUUUCUUUGCAUGCAAGUAACUUCUUUCUCUUUCUCUCUCACACACACACACACAUCUGUGUAUAUGAUGGAGUCACAUCCAGCUCUGGCGUUCAUCUUGCUGUUUUCAGCGACUCUGGCGUCCAGCUGCGAUGGUGGGAAAGUGCUGGUCUACCCCGUGGAUGGGAGCCACUGGCUGAACAUGAAAAUCCUGGUGGAGGCGCUGCAUUCUCAGGGCCAUCAAAUCACGGUGCUGCGCUCCACCACCAGCUGGUACGUCUCCGAAGACUCACCCCACUACAGUUCCAUCACCGUCCACCAGGAGCAGCCCCAAAACCUGGAGAGCCAGACCUUCAUGACCUCUUUCCUGAAUAAGUCUCUAGAGAUCCGUCGACAUCGAGGCUCUCUGUGGGCGUUCGUGGAGUUUUAUAGGAACCUUUUUGAAAUGGUGGGGGACAACCAGCAUACUGUGGCGAAUCUGGUCGCCAGCAUCUUUGAGGAUAAGAAGCUGAUGCAGAAGCUGAGGGAAACUGGAUAUGACCUUUGUCUGACGGACCCUGCGUUUCCUGCAGGAGUGCUGCUGGCACAUCACCUCCAGCUUCCCCUGGUUCUCAACGUGCGCUGGCUCUUCAAUGGCGAGGCGCACUUCGCCAUCGCUCCUUCUCCUUUGUCCUACGUCCCUCAGUUGUUUACUCACAGCUCAGACAAAAUGGACCUUUUUCAAAGAAUCGAAAAUAUAAUCUAUCAUAGCAUACUGGUGUACAUGUACCACUACGUCUCAAAUCCGCCCUACCAGGCUGUGUGUGAUAAAUAUUUCGGAGAAGACGUCAACGUCAUGUCUCUCAUCCAGGGAGCGGAUCUGUGGCUGAUGCGAGUCGACUUCACAUUCGAGUUCCCCCGGCCCACGAUGCCCAACGUCAUCUACAUCGGAGGCUUCCAGGGAAAGCCCCCCAGGCCUCUUCCGUCAGAUUUAGAAGAAUUUGUGCAGAGCUCUGGUGAACACGGGGUGGUCGUCAUGACUCUGGGGACCCUGCUGAACGACCUCGGCCCCGAGAUAUCAGAGACUAUCGCCUCAGCGUUCGCCAACAUCCCGCAGAAGGUAGUGUGGAGGCACACCGGGAAAAGACCGGUCACACUUGGAAACAACACCAUGCUGGUCGAGUGGCUGCCUCAAAACGAUCUGCUGGGUCACGCUAAGACCAAGGUUUUCGUCACGCAUGGCGGCACGAACGGUAUUUACGAGGCCAUCUACCAAGGCGUCCCCAUCCUGGGCAUCCCUCUCAUCUUUGACCAGUUCGACAACAUGGUGCGUCUGAAGGCACGGGGAGUGGCGGAGAUUGUUGAAGUGACCGCUUUGGAUGUGGAGUCUCUGACAAGCGCUCUGAGGAAUAUCGUAGACCCGGAGAAGCCCUACAAACAGAACAUGGUCAAACUGUCACAGCUUCACCGCGACAAACCAAUGAAACCCUUAGACAGCGCCGUUUUCUGGAUGGAGUUCGUCAUGAGGCACCGGGGAGCAGCACAUCUGCGCACAGAGUCAUAUAAGAUGCCUUGGUAUUCGUACCAUUGUCUAGAUGUGAUGGCAGUGAUGGUUGCGUUCGUUCUCAUAAUCGCGGCGCUAGUUUGGGUUUCCUGUAGAUGUCUCAUCAGACGUUUCAUACGGACCAAGACGUCCUCAGCCAAGUCCAAGAGGGAAUAGAACAGUUGGCGCAUAUGAGUGCGUUGUGACGUCACCGUGACCUUUAACCACUGUAACCUCUCUGGUUCAUUUGUGACCAGCCACACUAACUGUAGGUAUGAGUGCACGCAGCUCUCUGUGCAGGCAUAUUCAGGUUUUUCUUCCUCGAAAUAAAGUUGCUUUAACUUUCAGAA